AUGUCGAAGCAAGGGAGGGGAGGGUCGGCCGGGAACAAGUUCUGGAUGUUGCUGGGUUUGCCGGUGGCGAUGACGAUCAAUUGCGCUGACAACACUAGAGCCAUGAACCUCUACAUCAUAUCAGUGAAAGGGAUCAAGGGGCGCCUCAACAGUCUGUCGUCGGCCUGCGUCGGCGACAUGGUGAUGGCCAUCGUGAAGAAGGGAAAGCAGGAUCUGAGGAAGAAGGUGCUGCCGGCCGUGGGGGUCCGUCAGCGCAAGCCCUGGCACCGAAAGGAUGAAGUGUUCAUGAAUGACAAAGGUAACUUAUGUAGCGGAAGCAAUGUAGAAGGAGGAUCACAAAUAGAUGGUGCAUAG